GCCACGGUGGGCAGGCAGCAGCGCUCUGCGGCUGAUUCCUGCUUUAUAAAACCAUGAUUGGACGGAGUAAGUCACGUUGUCCGUGAAGCUGUCAGUCUGAUGCUGCACCAUUGUUCCCUGAGCAGCCGGAAGGGGUGCUUGUUAAAGCAGUGUUAUGUGCGACAAUUGUGCCGGUUAGCCCAGUACUCUUCGGGAAUCCGGUACCGCUUUUUUAACGGUGUGACAUUGGUGGUGGAGGAUUUCCGCAGAAGAAAACCGAGACAUGGUUUAGUGAAACAUUGUGAAGUCCAUUGAGAGAGGGGCGUCAUUGACUGGCUGGAUACUGAUAAUAGUAACGAAAUGAAUGAACAGAAGCGGGUUGCUGCAGUGUAACAUAUUUAGCUGAAGACAUCCCACCCAUGUGAUCUCACAGGCUGCUCCACUCUACUCCAGUCAGGCUCCUGCCUUUCUGCCGGCUGCAGCUAAUGAGCCUUUGUGUGGCCAAAGAGAGAGAGAGGAAGAGAAAGAGAAACAGAGAGAGGAACACAUUGACAGAGAGGGAGUUAAAGUGAGAAAGACUGUCAUCUUGCAACAAUAAAGCAUAUGGUACCGACAGUGCAGCCAGAGCUGGAAAAUUACAAGUCUCGCUCACACUCCUGCACCGUUUUUUCUCAUGCCCGUGGAGCUCAGGGGUCGCUGCAAGUCAGUGGACUGAAACAAAAUGGGAACCUCUUCAUUCAUCAUGUCUCACCUUUUUUGAAUUGCCACAUUUAUGAUCGUGUGGCUGUGCUGCUGUGAGAAGAGGUUAAAGGAGUCACGCGGUCUGCCAGUGGAUACAGGUGCAGAUGCGGCGGGCCAUGAGCGGAAUACUGAAAAGGAAAUUUGAGGAGGUGGAAGCCUCCUCCUCCCCGUGCUCUUCCUUGCGGGAGUCUGAUGAUGAGGUCUCCUGCAGUGAGAGUGGGGAUAGCAGUGACAGUGUCAACCCCUCUGCCUCAGGCCCUUUCACCCCUGACUCCAUAUUGAAGAGGGAGAAGCGCCUGCGGACGAGGAGGGUGCAUUUUGAGAACGUGACGGUGUACUACUUCAGCCGGCGGCAGGGCUUCACCAGCGUGCCCAGCCAGGGAGGCAGCACGCUGGGCAUGUCCAACAGGCACAGCUGGGUCAGGCAGUACUCUCUGGGUGAAUUUGCCCUGGAACAGGAGAGGAUCCACAGAGACAUGCUCAGAGAUCACCUGAAGGAGGAGAAACUCAACUCAAUCAAACUCAAGCUGACUAAGAACGGCACAGUGGAGUCUGAAGAGGCCAACACGCUCACGGCGGAGGACAUCUCUGACGACGACAUCGAUCUGGACAACACAGAAGUAGACGAGUACUUCUUCCUGCAGCCGCUUACCACUAAAAAGCGCCGGGCGCUGCUGCGCUCCUCCGGGGUAAAGAAGAUUGACGUGGAAGAGAAACAUGAAUUGCGGGCCAUCCGGAUGUCCAGAGAGGACUGUGGCUGUGAUUGCAGAGUCUUCUGUGACCCAGAGACCUGUGCCUGCAGCAUUGCGGGGAUCAAGUGCCAGGUGGACCGUAUGUCAUUUCCAUGUGGUUGCACAAAAGAGGGCUGCAGCAACUCAACCGGGAGAGUGGAGUUUAAUCCCAUCCGUGUUCGGACCCAUUUCUUGCACACUAUAAUGAAGCUUGAACUGGAGAAGAGUCGCGAGCAACAGCAGGCGUCCCCCACCAACGGUUACCGCAGCGACGCGAACGACCUGGGAAGCGGAAACCCUCUCGUUCAACCCCAGCACAGGUUGGAGUACUCUCUGUCAGACGCCGUUCCACAGACGGCCGGCAUGCACCUGCAGAAUGCAGACGAGAUGGAGGAGCCGCUGGAUGAAGAGGAAGAAGAUGAAGAAGACGAGGAGGAGGAGGAGGAGGAGGAAGAGGAGAAUGAAGACGAUGAGGAAGAUGAGGAGGAUAGUAGCAGUGUUUGCAGCGGGCUGUCCGACUCCAGCACACAGAGCCUAGCUAACAGCGACUCUGAAGACGAGGAGGAGGACGAUGAGGAUGAAGAGAAGUCUGAGAACUUCGAGGACGACAUGACAACCCCGUCAGUGUCUCAUACUGAGGUGGUCCCCUUGUCCUCUGUGCUGUGUUACAGCGAUGGCUCUGUGGCACGUGAUAACCACAUGAAUGGAAAUACUUAUUUAAUGAACUCCUCUUCAGCUGAGUACUAUCAGCUAGGGAGCUCCAGUACCAUCUCCAAUGGCCAAACCAGCCAACCCAGUGAACCCUACGGGGAAGCCUUAGCAUUCCAAGACCCGGUCGGCACGACCAAUGGCAGCGUGGCCCAAGGACCAUUCAACAUGACUGCUGAGCAGUACACAGACUACUCGAAUCAGGCUGAAGAACAAUACACAGCUAAUCACCAUUUCAAUCUGAGCAAUGGUGCUCCAGCCGCCGCUUUGACCUGCUACACGCCCGAUCAGGAGAAGAAGGCGUUGUCCAAAGCGGCGUUUGUGGAGCAGCCAGAAAACCAGAACCAGACACAGUUCCAGAACUACCUGAACAAUAACACCCAGAGUUCCUACAGCAGUCACAGCUCGUGUAUGACGGCUGAACAGCCACAGCAAGAGACCGGUGUGAAUAGACACUCAGACCUGACCUUACUAGCGAACAAUAAUAAGAACCUCCCUUUACCAGACCAUUGCCCCGAGGUCACAGCCAUUUAGUGGGCCACACCUUCUUAAGUGUUCUUUCAUUAUCGCGUCUUUACUUGAGCCUGACCAAAUGGUAUUUUAAGGGAACAUAAUCAUGGCCUUUUUGAAUUAUCUGACCUUAAAUUUCAAAGCAAUUUACAGCACCAUCAUACACUCUCAUCUGUAACUAUAAAGCCAUAGGUUCAUGAUGGAAAUGGUUUUGAGGAAGUGUUGGCUCCUGAAGGUUUCUCCACUACAGUGUUUGCUUAAGUGCAAAACGGAAAGAUCAAAAACACAUUAUAACAUCAGUUAUGUCAUGCUGUGCAAUGUAUCUUGUAAUUUCAGAUGUAAAGUUCUAGUUUUAAGCAGAUAUUGUACUGUAGAUGGAACUUUUCUAUGUCUACUGUAUGUGUCAAAUGUGCAAAAAAAAAAAAAGGUUUAUUGUCAGUUUAUUUAUUGUUUCUGAAUUAUGCGUAUACUUAUAUAUUGUAAAUGUUUUGAUAACAAUGUGCAUGCUGUUUUGGAAAUCUCAGUGACAUUUAGAAAAAAAAAAAAAGAAUUGCCAUUGUUUUAUAUAAAAAAUGUGUUGUAUACAUAAUGCAUUUCUCUUCCUCUUUUUGUCACUAUUAUAUGCUUUUCUAUGGUUUUGAAAAGCAUGAAAAAGCCUGAAUUCUUAUUUGUAUGUUUGGAAUACAAUAUCAAUAACAUAAAAUGUCAGACAUGUCAAAAUCAAUUCACAGCCUUUUGCACUUAUGUGUGGGGGUCUAGUGGCACGCAGUUGGUUUUAACUGAUAAAUACUUGAACGGUGGAAAACUAUGGCCCCUCAAGUGUCCCCCCCCCCCCACUGUUCACUCUUACAGUAACAUGAUUAGCAAGUGUCGCUACAAACAAAGAUUUAGUCUUUGAAACAUUUAAUUCAUGCAGGGAUAUUAAUAAAGUAGCACUUUGACAUAUCUCUAAAAGCACUAGAAGCUCUAUGAUUGAUCAUAGGCAACAGAACACUAUCUUUAUCAUUAAAUUAGCAUUAAUAAGCUUCAUUUGAAAAGCAACAGUAAUCAGUCCUGUAGAUAAAAUAUUGACCCAAAAUAAUGUGCCAGUAUUUCAUAAAUUAACUGGUUAUGAAAUUUGUGCUUUUGAAACGCAAAGUUUAUUUAUGUGGAUCCAACAAUGAUGUUGAUUUGCUCUAUUGAAAUGUAAAGUGCAAUAGUUUGAAGGGUUUUAACAGGCUUUUCUCUUUAAAAGAGAAACUCAUUGGUAACGUGGACUGGGCUUGCUUUUAAUUGACUAUCUUUCUGACUGAUUUAAAGCGGCAUCGGUUUCAUAAAAAGUAUGCCACGGUUUCAAUAAUAAUUGUAUAUGGGGGAAACAAAUGUUCAAGGUUGACAAUCAAAGCGUAUUAUAGAACACGAUUCAUAUCAGUAAUUAACAGCUACACAAAAUGACUCCUGAGUCCUAUGAGCCAUUGAAAACGACAGCCAGAAAAAAAAAUUGUUUACCAAAAAUCUGUAAAUAACCUUAUACCACAUCUUUAUAAAAUCACUGACAAAAAGGAAAUUGAUGCGACUGCUCAACAAUUUGGGGACUGCAAUAAUGUAGUGGGUAGUGCUACUGUUAUGUCGCUGAAGUUCUCUACCUUGAGCUCUUUGCUCCUGCAUGAAUACAGGUAUUUGUCCCUCUUCCAAGCUUGCAGAUAUCUGCCCAUUCUUUACAAUUACGAGGGUCAGUACUGGAGUUUUGGUGAUCCUGUGUGAGUAGCUGGGACCUCUCAUGCCACCUCAGUGGUACGAAAGAAGUGCACAGACUGCUUUCAGGCAAUCAGUGGCAUCAACAUGGCCUAUUAGUACAGAUGAAUUGUGCCAAAGCAUACAGUGAGUGAAGCAUAGAUACAAUGACACAGCAUCCACUUAAGAAUCCUGUGUUUGAUUUUAUUUUCCAGUAUUUAUUAUGAAUGAUAUAUUGAAAUGUGUAUUUAUUGUGGUUUACUAAAAGUCUGUAUUGAGUAAAUUGAUUCACUAUCUUAAAAUUGUCUUUUUUUUUCAUGCUGGUUGUGAGUUGUAAAGCUUCAUGUGCCUGAUUUAUUUAAUUCUAUUUCAUAUUCUGUGAAAUGCAUACGUUUUGCACAAAAUGGUACCACUUCUUUUCAAUGUGUUUGGUUUUCCAAGUGUAGAUAGAGCCAACUUCAUUUUCAGUUGUUUCAUUUUAACAUGAUUUUGAAAUACAUUAAAUUAAAAUUGCUCUUUUGAUCUUAA